AUGCUGCAAACAGUCAAAUCUGAACUAAACCUUGUUGCUCUUCUUUCUUUCCUCGCGGGCAGGAAGCACACCAGCAGCGCGGGCGGCGUGCUUAUCUUGUGUGACAACACUACAGAGCGAGUGGCUCUUCUAGGCGGGCAGCUGUGCGACAACACUCCAGAGAAAGCGGCGCUUUCGUGUAACAUGCUAUGGUCUCAACGCCCUUACGAGGUAGUGAUGAGUUUCACGCGCUCUAAGCCCGGCCCGCGCGCGGUUAGGAAGAUUGGCCGCAAUCUGAGCGGUACCACCCACCCUACCCUACCACCUAUAGGCGGCCGUCCGUCCUACAGCCGCCCGAAAAGGAACUGCAGUGAUCUUGAAUAG